AUGCCUUUGAACAGUUCAGUGUUUACUCUAGACUUGGAGUUAGAUAUUCAAACUGUUAUCUUUGUUCGUAACAUUAUAAACUAUGUCAUCACACCCAUUCUGAGCGUCAUCGGAGUUGUGGGAAACGUCAUCAACUUGGUUGUACUACGUCAAUCCGGCUACAAAGAUACCAAUGUCUUGCUGCUAGAGUCGCUGUCCAUGGCUGACCUCAUCUUGUCCUUGUUAAAUAUUUUACUGAGGACACGAGAGUUCGUGCAGCAGUUUGGAGCCAUCAUUUACAUCUACAGUUACGGCCCUUUCGUCAUCAUGGCGGUUGUGGUGAACUGCCAUCUGGGGGUUAUCGCCGUCGAAAGAGUCAUUGCCGUCUGCUUUCCUUUUCACGUGUCAAGGAUCUUCAUCCGGUCACGCGUUAAGCUUUCCAUCGGGUUCAUCUACGUCUUCUGCAUCGGGACGUACUCUCCCUUGUUUUUCAUGUUUGAGCCUCUGUGGGUUAACAAUCAGACAGCGGUCGUCAUUGUCCCUUCCCAGAUCUUCCUUUCCAACAUGGAAGCGAUCAUCGUCUAUCUCACCACAGUGGCCGUGAAUAUCUACUCCAUCACCUUGCCAGCGAUAGUCAUCAUUUGCAGUUUGUUUGUUGGGGUCAAACUGCUGAUGCGAAAGCUUCAGCUACCUAUGCACUGCACACAGAGACGCUCCAAGGACCUGAGCGCCAUGAAGAUGAUUCUCUCCGUCUGUCUUUUGGUUUUGUUUAACAAUGGGUCGUGUCUUGGGAUGAACUACUUUUUUCAGGCGUAUGCGUUGACCGAAGGACCGCUGUACGACCUUCUGAAAGAUCUUCUGACUCUAAUUGAUCAGCUGAAUACAUCAUUUAACUUUUUUGUUUAUGUCGCCAUGAGCAAGAAGUUCUUGAAAACGUAUCGAAAUUUUUUGUCUAAAUGCUUUCAAAACAAGAAUUAG